CUCGAGGCGGGUAGAUGACGGGCUGCGCGCCCAGUCGUCCACUUGUUUUCGUUGGGAUUUCGUCUUGGCGCGAUCCGGAAGUCAGUGAUACAUGGAUGGCAUCUGACAAAUGUAAAUAUGUGACCGGAAACUGUCAACUCUGGGCAUGCGCUUUAUCAAGAGAGGCUGCAAGAGAAAAAUUACCGGCCUGGUCGGUGCCUUGGUCUGCCUGUGCACGCUGUGGUGUCUGAAACUCUUCGACGUCAGCAAGUUCCUCGGCAAACGGCGCUGCGAAGAUGUCUUGACGCGAUUUGAGCUACCGACUCGGCCAGUCAACUUCCCUCAUCCCGUCAGGCUGAGGAACAUCUCCGCGGCCUACAAGCGUGGUUGGGUUGGGUUCCGUGGCCUGGUCGGGUGUGACUGCACCCUCGCCUUCAACGCGUCGACCGUGAAAAACAGUUUGUUUCCUCAGAAGGUGGAUCGGAUAUUCCCGCUCCAGUACAUUGAAGAGAGCAACGACUGCGCGGAGUUACGAGACAAGUAUGGUUUUCUACGACAUCCGCCAGCGCUGGAGGAGGAACUCAAGUUUCCCAUCGCGUUCGUCAUUCUCUUUUACAAGGACCUUGACCAGGUUUUGUUCCUACUCCGUGCCAUCUACCGGCCCCACAACGUCUACUGUCUAAGCGUGGACACAAAGUCCAGCGUCGAGUUCUUGGAGGCGGUCAGAGCUGUGUCCAGAUGUUUACCAAACGUCUUCGUGGCCAGCAAGCUGGAGAACAUCGUGUACGCCGGCUUCUCCAGGCUGAUGGCGGACAUCCAUUGUAUGGAGGAUCUGCUUCUCCAUCCGGUGCAGUGGAGGUACGUCAUCAACAUGCCUGGACAGCAGUUUCCGCUCAGAUCAAACCUGGAGCUGGUGGAAAUAUUGAAGAUCUACAACGGGGCCAAUGACGUCGAGGGUUUGGUUGGACACCGGAUGUUGGCCGCGAGAUACCAGUUCAAACAUAUCUAUGUCAAGGACGAAACCACAGGUGAGGAAAAACUAGUCAAGACGGGCGAAAAGAACGCGCCACCCCCGCAUCAACUGGAGAUCGUCAAAGGUAGCGCGUACGGCACGUUUGCCCGGGAGUUCGUCAACUUUGUCGUGAGGGACACGGUGGCCAGGGACUUCCUGGCCUGGUGCAAGACCAUCUCCAGCCCAGAUGAAUACUUCUGGGCCACCCUACACCACAGUCAUCGGCCAGACAUCCCCGGCCACUACACGGGCCAACCUGACAAAAAGCCCUGGCUAACCACGUACGCCUCCUGGGGCGGGAGGGACCCCUGCGCCACCAUCCACACCCGGGGCGUGUGCAUCUUCAGCCCGGAGGACCUGCCGGGCUUGGUCCUGAGACCCGAGCUGUUCGCCAACAAAUUCUACAUCACCCACUACCCGGCCGCGCUACACUGCUUAGACGAACUUCUCUUCAACUUGACCUUUGCUCGCGCGGUGCGGGACUUGUCUACUUACCGGCAACUGCCAUUUGUUAUCCAAACGCAACCUACGAACAAAACUAAUUCAUAA